AUGUUGGACGGCUAUGCGGUGGUGACAAUCAUGGCAGGCCUUUGUUCGUCGAUCGUCGUUGGGACCGUUUUCGACAACGCCGAAAUGAUGACCGCUCUUGGUCCAACGGCCGCAAAGCCGCAACGAACUGCCGGAAAUUUCAGUGGCGUCUUGACAAGGAGUCCGCGGUUUGUGGUGGUCAACGGUGACGGCGUGCCCGACUACGACGGCGCGGAGGACGAUGACGACCAUGUCGUGUACGACUACGACGAUGGCGGUGGCAGUGGGGACGACCACGACCACGGCUACGACCACGACUAUCACGACAUCGGGCACGAUGACGACGACGAUGACGAUUUCGACCACGACCACGGUAGCGGUCCCGGUUACCACCAUCACGUGUGGUGGCACCACUACUACCACCACGGCGAACCACACCUACCGUUUCCACUGUUCCCGCCCAUCUUCGUGCACAGGCGACCCAGUCACCGCCGGUGCGAUCAGUGGCCAUUCGAGUGCAGGAGCACUUACGAAAUGAUCCAGUGGCUCCAAUGCUAUCACGAGUUUUUGGCCGGAUCGGGAAUCCACGACGAGGCUGGACUUCACGGGCUGGUCGGGGUGCCCACACACGCAUGGAAAAAGUAA